AAGGACCAAUCAGAAACGGAGGAGCAACACGCUACUCUACACUGACCACUGAUGCCACACAACUCGGACAGAGGAGGAAUUUAGGAAAUACAGUUACCAUUGACUUGUUUUUAAAACUCCUAAUUCGAAAUGUUCCUUCGCGUCUUAGAAAUUGUAUAUUUCAUUUAUUUUGCAUCGCACAUUCCAAUUACUGUCCUCAUUGAUUUUCAAGCUAUACUACCUGAACAUGUGUAUCCACCAGCGCUGAAAAACGUAUUGCAGUGGUAUGCUGCCGAAUUCAAGGAUCCGAUGAUGAUGGACCCACCUGUAUGGUUCAGGUCUUUUGUAUUCUGUGAGGCUCUUGUGCAGCUGCCCUUUUUCCCAGUCGCAGCGUACGCCUUCCUGAAGGGUGGCUGCAAAUGGAUCAGAACACCAGCAAUUGUUUAUUCCGUUCAUGUGGCCACCACUCUGGUCCCAAUUUUAGGCCAUAUCCUGUUCUAUAACUUUCCUCAGGUACCACAUCCAGGUCCACAAACUCUGCAUGAACGUCUGACCCUUGUGUCUAUUUAUGCGCCAUACCUUAUCAUCCCUAUUAUGAUACUUCUGACCAUGCUCUUCAGCUCAGCAUAUAACUCAACCUCUCCAAGUGGAAAAGCUUCCACAAAGUCCAAGAAACAAAGAUAGAUGCCAGUUCAUCCCUUCCACAGACCUCUAGACAUUCCACUGUUUUGACAAGUGUAUGUGUAAGGCUGGAUACAUUGUAAUUCACCUCUUGAAUGUAAUCUGGUACUGAUUACAAAUUACAGAAAUUCGAGAACUGUAUGCAGCCAUUGUACAUCAAGCAGUAAUUGAUUAAAUAUUUUGUUUACAGAUGACAAAAUAAUGUAAUUGCAAAAUAUAUUUUUAUUCAAUUGUACUUAAAAUGUGUAUGAAGUUUGUCAAAUAUUGAGAUAACACACCUGAUGAUCUACACAGUAUGGAAAAUGUAACCGAAUAAUAAAUGAAUUCACUAUUUGGUUUUGAAAAGUACAGUACUUCUGCUGUAUGUCCAAUGUAAAGUAUUUCUGGUGUGGUCCCACUACCAAACUGUAAAGAUGUCUUGAGGAUAUGAUAAAGUAAAUUGUAGAUGGGUUCAAGUCGCAAACAGCAAUUAAAGUACAAAUCAUACAAAAAAUAAAACAUUUAUCCCAA